GCAGCCCCUCCCACUCUAUCCAGCAGAGCUCAGUAAUAAUAACACCGGGGAGGAUGGUGACAACAACGCAAUGUCAAACAUUUUGACUGACUCAGCUGCUAAUUUGGUGGAGAGUGACGUGACCCAGAUGUCCAAGUGGCUUACUGUAAAUGCAAAAACAGAGACGGAAUCAGCAUCUUGUAUUUUGGAAGACCUUGCUCCAGACGUGACGGUGGACCACACGACUGAAAAUAACUCUGAUGUACAGCUGCUAAUCAGCAGCUUCCCUCAGGCACCAAUCCUAAUCCCAUCUAAGACUGAGGAAGGGUUUGACAUGAACCCCUCAGAGGUGACACAAACGAUCUUCAGGGGUGACAUGUCUAACGAGUUGUGGGUUGAUGCUUUGGACGAGUGGGGACAUCAUCCAGCCUCCUGUCCCAUCACAGCAUCUUCAGAUAACACAAGAACCUCAACAACGGGAGCUAAGUUUGGUUCCUUAGAGACACCUACUAUGGAGCGGUGGUCAUCUUCUGACAGCUGGGCCAGUGCCUUAUCAGACUGGAUCCAGUCUGUCAGUGUCCUCCCAGAAGAUUAUCCCACUACAAGAAGUACGGAGACCCAGCAUCAGUUCCUCAUGUCCAUCCAGGAUGUGACCGAGGAGAAGGCCACGGGUCUGGAAAGCUCCUUAAGAGUAGCAGAUGGGGAUUCUGAAGGGGAAGUUCUGAUACAAAACUCCACUAGUCCUCCACUAGACCAGCCAUUUAUACACGAGGAAAAGAGAGAACAUAACUUAGACAUGAUCAGGACUCAGGAAUUACUGACACAGUUAGAUGUUCAUGAGAAAGAAGGAGAGUUUAAGAAUGACUCUACAGAAGAAAGGCUGGAAAACAAGCAGGAGAGCAAUGUGCUCUGGGAGGUAACUCAAGAGACAGCCUUCGAGGAGGAAGGCGAAAGGAAUCGUGGUGCCUUGAGCUUCUCGGGUUACCACGUCACGCCGGAAUCGGAGGUUCAUCUCCUCGACAGCUAUGAAGCCAAUCACCUGAAAGCCAGGAGAGACGUGACAGACGUUAAAGACGCCGGGUCAUGUGUGUUUCCUAACACAGGGGAGGUGGACUUUAUUAUGCCGCUUACUCCGAUCAGUAUCGGAACGUCAUUCCUUCAUUCGAAAGAGGAUCCAGGCAAAUCAAGGACGUCCUUAAAGCCGUUUCACGCAGGAAUCGGUAACGAAAUUGGACGGGAUCUGACACCAGGAGCCAGUAAGAUCUACACAACCAAGGAACCAGACAAGCAGUAUUGUGACACCUCGAAGAAAACCAGUGAUCAGGGUCCAUCGGUGUUGUCUUGCGACGUCCCAAACGACAAAACCGAGGCUGGGGACGUCAGCCCGGAAUUUCAGAGGCUGAUCUUACCCACAGGGGAGCGGUUAAUGUUCUGUGAGGAAAAGCACAUAGCAUAUGUAACUUUAGACUUAGACGACAUUCUGAGCUUUAAGAACUACCCUGAGGAACACUCGAAACAAAGCUGUGAAAAAAACAGCAAGAUGCCUCGUAAAACUUUGAGAACAUUAUCGGAGAACAAAACCCGCUCCAACAAACACAAGGACAAGACCAGCAACAACCAGCAGCUUGUUGGGCAAACCAAAAAACGAGAGAAUGUGAGACCAGAGUGCCAUUGUGAGGAGUCUGGAGGCUUGGAGGACAGCGCCGUGACCAUGAUUGAGACCAUCGUAAUAACGGAGAAGGUCACACCUAAAUCUCAGGGGAAGAAGAAAAAGAAGCAAGGAGCAGCAAAGCUCGAAAACGAGCCACUUCUCAAAGUGGAGAACGGAACAAAGCCGAAACCCACCAGGCCUAAAAACGAGACCGCGGCAACGCAACCGAGUAAGGUUAGGGAGCGAGUCGCAACCUGUGAGGGGAAGGAGCCGAACGAAAACGAUAAAGCGGCUGAAGGAAAAACAAAGUCGUGCACAGAGACUUCACCAAGCCUGCCUGGCGCACUGGACGACGACAUCAUCAAACGCAGACGCAUCGCUGGGGACAAACCCGGGUCCGUAUCGGUAAGGACGAGGCCGCAGCUUCCUGCAAUCUUCCAGCAGAAGAAAAGAGAGGAUGAGGUCAAGCAGAAGAGUCAGAUGCAUAAAGAAGUCCCACGUGUCGUCUCUGAGAUUGAGGCGGCUCCUGUUGCUGACGAUCCUCAGAGCAUUACACUGUGGUGCCGCUUCAGUCCCGUCACGGCCGAGUCCUCCAUCACGUGGGUGAAAGAAGGAGCAACGCUGCGGGAGGAAAACAGGAAAGCGGGAGACGACGGCCGGGUCUCUCUGUCGGUGCUGAAAGCCUGCAGUAAGGAUCUGGGGUUUUAUCGCUGUUCUCUGAUCAGUGCUCUCGGUUCAGCGUCCACCUCCGACUAUCACCUCACAUCAGAAGUGCUCAUGGAGCUCGUCAUCCCGGACCAUGAGACAGCAGCUGAGCGUGAAGUGAUGGCUGUAGAAGAGGAAGACGUGUCCUGCAGUCCCCUCCUCUUCAAGGAAGACAUCCUGGCUGAUCAGUAUUUUGGAGAGCAGCAGCACACGAGCAUCGUGACUGAGAAGGAUCACUUCGGUGAAGGAAUGCACCGCAAAGCGUUCAGGACGACGGUGCGCACCGACACGACGUCGCUGUUCGGGUUCAGACACUCCUGCGUGCUCAAAGUGCACAGCUCCAUCGGAUAUGGAGCACAGAACGACGACGAUGUCCUGCAGAGGAACUACGACCUCGCUGUGGAGGAGUGUUAUGUGCAGAACACGGCGCGAGAGUACAUCAAGGCCUGGACCGACGUGGCCAAAUCAACCGAGUCCUUCGGAGAAGUUCCCGAAAUCAUCCCCAUCUUUCUGGUGCACCGGCCAUCCAACGCCAUCCCGUACGCGACGCUGGAGGAGGAACUGAUGGGCGACUUUGUGAAAUACUCCGUGCGGGACGGGAAAGAGAUCAACCUGAUGAGGAGAGACUCAGAGGCGGGACAGAAAUGCUGCGCCUUCCAGCACUGGGUUUACACGCAGACCGACGGAAACCUGCUGGUUACUGAUAUGCAGGGUGUCGGUAUGAAGCUGACAGAUGUUGGAAUUGCCACCGGCAAAAAAGGCUAUAAGGGCUUUAAAGGAAACUGUUCCACAUCGUUCAUCGACCAGUUUAAGGCUCUCCAUCAGUGUAACCGCUUCUGCGAGCUGCUCGGCCUCGCAUCGCUGGAACCCAAAGCCAAACGGACGGCCCCGCCCAAACCCAAAGCACAACCCACGGCCAGGAAAAAGGCUUUUGGCCCCACGCUCAAGGGCAAGUCCUGACUGGACGCCAGCCCUUAGCACUGGGCAGCGGGGCAGAAUGCUGCAAAGUUCCAUCAGAGUGAAUUGAAAGACAUUAUUAUGACACGUGAGCUUUUGACCUCUAGGAUGUUUUUUAGGUUUUUAUUAAUGAAUAGGUUUUCUGUACUGUUUACUAUGCAGAUGAUAUAAAGCUGUGUAAUAUAUCGAGCAUAUAAUCCUGUGUCAUAUGCAGAUGAUAUCCAGCUGUUGAUGUCAUGGUUUGCUGUGCAUUAUCAUUAGGAAAAAUAAUGACUUUUGCAAAUGAGCUUAAUUCAUCAAUCCAUCAAGCAGCCAAAGAAACACAACUGGACAGUAUUUAUACCGGAUGCAUUACAUUAUUCUACUUGUUCUUUAAUCUCAUUCAGGAAGUCACAGUGAACAUGUGAAGCGACAUACUGUAGGUGUUAACCUAAAUCACAUUUGUCCCAAUCUGACAUUUGUACUGUGGAUAUUAUUUAUACCCAUUUUGUUACACAUAGUUUAUAUUUACUAUUUAAUACGAGGGUGUAUAUAUUUUUCUCUUACUACAGAGUAGAGUUUUGUACAAUCAUUUUUGUUGUUUAGGGUGAGGAAAGAUUGACGCUGGUGAACGCUGAUAAAAACACGUCCCACUGAGCGAUGAAGCCAGCUGUCCUGCUGCCUCAGGAAGAACGUGAACCUUGGCCAGGUUUCCAUAGACGCCUGUUCCGAAACGUUAUACACACACCUGCCACGUGUAGCAGGUCAUACUGAUUUAUUUGGCAUCGGCAGAAGGAAUAUUUGUUUACAGUUUUGAUUUGCACGUUACAUGGCCUCGGAAAAUCUGGUGAAUUAUUAGAAUAAUCCUCAUACGUUACAGGUCACAGUUUUACUGGUUUAUAAAUGUUCUAAUGAAACUUGAGCUCAGGACGUAAAUCUAUGCAAAGCAAGAACAAAACCUUAAUAAUAAAUCAGACUUCACCACUGGGUUUAAAUGUUUUUAUAACAAAAAAAUCAAAUAUCAUCUUGGGCUUUUUUAUUUGUACAUAGCAACAAAAGGAACAGAGGAAAAGUAAAAGAAAGAGACUCGUAUACUUCUGGGUUCAAUUAAUAGACGAGUGGUUAUGAUAAGAAAAUAAUUCUCAUCAAUAGCAACAGUUUUAUUUUUAAAAAAAAGAAAAAAGAAGAAACUAUACAUUAACAUGUUUUUGACUGAAACAUACUGAGAUUGAAUAAGUCUUCUAAUGAAUCAUAAUGCAGAAGGCGGGGAUUGUCUGAAAC